CUUCCAUUUUCGGAACAAACUUUUGUUUCUCAUUUCGGGAUUUCCGUCGUCGCACACAAGGUCGCCUGAUCACGUUUCGCCCCUUUUCCAUGUACUUCUCCACCAUUCAUUCUCCUUCACCAUAAAGACGUACAGACCACAAGCACACGCCUCUUGACAGCAUGGCUUCGUCCAACUCACCCCCCGCGGGUUCUCAUUCGGCAAUGAAGGCUAACAUCAACAGCCCUCGCACCCCCUCCUCGAGCUCCUCAUCCAACAGCUCCGGUUCCUCUGAAAGCACACUGGUCGCAACGCCGGCAUCCUCUGUCUAUGCCAGGCUGACCGACGAUGAGAUUGCCGCCGUGCAGAUCCAGAACCUCAAGGACGUCGUCGACUUUCGCAAAUCGGCCGACUGGGUGGAGCAGGCGGUGCAGAACACGCUCGUCACUCUCCCCACCUACCGUAUCGGCGUCCGCUACGCGCACACUCGUCUCAAGACCCAAAGAGAGACCAUCGAUUAUCUGGAGGGCGAGUUCGACAAACGCUCGCUCUCCGACGGCCAUCGCGGAGUGAGUAGGAACGUGGAGGCGGGCGUGAAGGAGGCUCAGCACCUCGAUGAUGAUGACUGGUUGAACAACGCCACGUUCAAGGAAAUGAAGGAAGAGAUCACGAUCGCGGCGUUCGAACGGAGGGCGAAAGAGUUUUCGGAAGUCAACAUGAGGCGCAUGUUAGAGGAUGUGGAUGUCCUCGAACAGCUCAAAGCGCAAGGGCGUGGGCCGAUCCCAUGCCCUCCAGAAGGCCAUCCCGACAGCUUUGCUGCACGCGAGCAUCAGAAAGCAAACAAGUCAAAAGUCCGUGGAAUCACUUUUCACCGUGGCGGCGGGCGGGCUGCUAUUGCCAGCGCUGGGACUGGGCGGGGUCACGUUACGGAAGGGCCAGGCGUGAACGGAUACGGGGCGGGCGACGGCAGCCGUGCAGGGUUUGGUGGAGACAUGGGCAGUGUUCGUGGUCGUGGUGAAGGAUUUAUGAACAAUCAUCGCGGACGCGGCAGCCACGGUGCGAACUCCUGGGGUCGCAGUCGCGGUCGUGGCCGUGGCAUCUGAGGAGUUUCCCGCUGGAUCUCUCUUGACCUUGGUUUCAACGAUCGGUCUGGACACCGACCUCAGAGGGGGCUGCUGGUCUGGUUAUGUGCUCCUGGGUCCGCUUGAGAUGCGAUGAGUGUGUGGCGAUGCUGCAUAAUGGGUGCGACGACAGCAUAGCUAAGCUCGCUCUAACGGCUAGCGACGAAUGCGACAGGCAUAAGAUACACUUCCGGCAUCUUGCUCUCCACAUCCACUAUCGCGCUGCGCAGUUCCCCUCCACAUCCUCUCGCUCGGUCAACACCAAGCACACGCCCCUAUUUCUUGGCCUUGGCCUUCCCCUUGCCUUUGGCCUUCUUUCCCGCCGGCGCG